AUGUCAUCCAGCACCGUUCUCGCCGACAAGGACGUCAACGCCCCCGUCGCCGACACCAUGCAGCAGGACAUGUCCAAGGACGUGAAGAGCAUGGAGUACCACCGCCAGGUGUUCCAGUCCAAGAUCGCCGAGGACACGUCUGGUGACAAGUACGUAUCGCCGUCGGACAACAUCAUGAGUCCCUGCACGGCCAAGAUCAACGCCCUGCGUAACAAGCACGCAGCCAAAGUGAAGCCAAAGUCUCUCUUCGCUCAGGCGAGCGCUAAGAAGCUCUCGGGCGAGAACCCCUUCGGCGCUCGACCGGCCAAGCCGUAA